CUCUGUGGGCGGGACUUUUGCUCGAGGGGCGGGGCGGGGAGGGUAGGCGGGGCCUGCGCGGUGGGCAACCUCGACUCCGCAGAGCUGGAGGAGAGCGCGCUGGAAAGACUGGGAGCUGGGUCGGUCCGGGCCGAGGCUCCUACGUGGGCCGCGUCCCUGCUGCGUUGUGCAGCUCCAGACUCUGUCCUACAAGUCCCCAGCCCCGGCGCUGACUUCUCGCCGCUGCCACGGAGACACCCGGGCCGCCCCGCCUUUUUUUGGAAGCCCUGUCAAAGGCAGCGGCUUGUCCGGGAGGCAGCAGGCCAGGUAGUCUCCGCGGAAGAGGUGGCACAACUGAUCACAAAUUUGAAAAGAGGGAAAAGGUGCGGGAAAGACUUGGCUGACCAGGGAGCAGAGCUUUUCCUGGAUGAUUCCAAAAUGAAGAAUUUCAUCACCUGCUUCAAAGACCCGCAGUUCCUGGUCACCUUCUUCUCCCGCCUGAGACCCAACCACAGCGGGCGCUACGAGGCCGCUUUCCCCUUCCUCUCGCCCUGCGGCAGAGAGCGCAACUUCCUGCGCUGCGAGGACCGGCCGGUGGUCUUCACGCACCUGCUGACCGCGGACCACGGGCCUCCGCGCCUCUCCUACUGCGGCGGUGGCGAGGCCCUGGCCGUGCCCUUCGAGCCGGCGCGCCUGCUGCCCCUGGCCGCCAACGGGCGCCUGUACCACCCGGCGCCGGAGCGUGCGGGCGGCGUGGGCCUGGUGCGCUCCGCCCUGGCCUUCGAGCUCAGCGCCUGCUUCGAGUAUGGGCCCGGCGCGCCUGCGCUGCCCUCGCACGUGCGCUGGCAGGGCCGCCGCCUCGCCCUCACCAUGGACCUGGCCCCGCUGCUGCUCGCGGCUCGGCCGCCCUGAGCUGGGCCAAGGGAAAGGCGGGAGGCUGCGGGCGCCUCUCACCCCGCUCCCCCGGGACCCCACGCCCCGGAAAGCCCGCGCCACCCGCGCUCGCGGCAGCCUAGUGCGCCUGCGCGCCGUGGGCCCCGCCCCCCCCCCGCCCCUCCAGCGCUGUCCUUGGUGCUGCCGCGGCCUGGCCCUCCCGGACCCUCCGCUCCCCACGGCGCGCGCCCCCCGCGCACCCGACUCCGGCGCUCUCCGGAUUGGCCCGCGCUCCAGACGUCAGACCCUGGCGGCGGGCGCGGGGCUCUGGUGCGCGUGCGCGAGCGUCCCCCGCCCCCUCCCAACCCAGCCGGUGCUGGGGCCGGGCCGCCACCUGCACCGCGGGGGAGCCGCUCGCCGCGGGAGCGUCAGGUGAGGAGACGCCUGACCCAAGGUCACCAGGCGUGGGGGCGCUGGGGGAACGGGGACCAUCCCGGCUCUGACCCUGGUGCGCUCCGAGAAGGGCGUGGGUCCUGGAGGGGGAUGGGGAACGCGGAGGCCACUCCCUCCCUGAGCCCGGCCGAAAAUCGACCGGCGCUCGUGGAUAGCAGAGGAGGCCGUGGGGGAUAUAGGCACCGGGUCGCAGCGCUGCCGAGGUGCGCAAGGGCCGCCCAGAGACCAGCUUGGGCCUCGCACUGCGCCCGAGGCAGGCACAGGGCGUUCCAUUCUCUUCCCUCUGCCCUCCUGUACAGAGGGGCGCCCAGGAGGCAGUGACAGUCGUCGCGGAAUCCUGCGUGUGACACCCCGCCCUUGCCCAGCGGAUUAGGGGGUUGUCCUCUGGUAAAAGGAUAUCUGGGCUUCUUCUAGCCUGGGGCCCUCAUCCCUGCCCUAGCAGGCCCUUCUACACCGAUCUGCAUCUAGGGGGGUCAGCGUGAGCAGCAGCACCCUGAGUUCUGAGGCCAAGAACCUUCUCCACUUGAGAAGCCUUCAUGGGGGAGGCUGACUGGGCCAGGCCUGGAGCCACGCACCAACCCUUUAUACCCAGGGGAAUGGAUCCCAAGGGCCCAGAUAACGCCCCCAACUUCUUGGGGUUCACACACAUCCUGAGACAUCUGGGAAGUGCCUCUGCCUGGGCCAAAGCUAUUACAUUAAAACUUUAUUGCUGUGCUUA